AUGCCGUCCUCGAAGGCGCGAUCUAGUCCCUCUGUGGACCGGCGCGACCGUCUGACGCUCGCAAAACUGGCCAGCUAUGACGAUGUCGCGACGGAUGCGCUGGUUGAUCGUGCCUAUUUCUGGACAAACACCCGCAAGAACAGAACGAAAUACAUCCCCGUCCGCGGCGUGAUCGAGGAUAGUGUGGCCCACAUUCUGCUGCACGAGGUCAUUGUCGCUAAGGAUGCAGCAAAGGCUGAACGUGAACUGCUGGCAAUGUCUGGGCUGAAGAAAUACUUGGCAAAACUUCCCAAUGACCGGGAGAAGAACUGGUUCCGUCGCCACCUACGCAAGUACAUUCAGAUGUAUCUCCCGGACUCCCCGUUCGAAGUCACGACCACCAACCGCUACACGAUCACGGAACACGAGGCUGCAAUCUGCGCCCGCAAAUUCAUCAAGCAAGGCCAGGAGAUCAAGUAUCUGAGUGGUACUUUGGUGCCGAUGACCCGGGAAGAGGAGCAGGAUUUGGAUCUAAAGAGAAAGGAUUUCAGCAUCGUCAUGUCAAGUCGCAGGAGAACGCCCUCAUUCUUUCUGGGCCCGGCACGCUUCGCCAAUCAUGACUGCAACGCUAAUGGCCGACUGGUAACCAGAGGAUCAGAAGGAAUGCAGGUUGUGGCUACGCGAGACAUCUAUAUCGGGGAAGAAAUUACCGUUUCAUACGGCGAGGACUACUUUGGCCUUGACAAUUGUGAAUGCCUUUGUCUUACGUGUGAGCGUGCUGUUCGUAACGGCUGGACAUCCCAGGUUCAUUCCGACCAGCCCAGCAAAGCGUCUACUCCUGCGCUGAACGAAGAUGUCGCAACGCUAGAGAGUCUGACUUCCCCAAAGAAACGCAAAGAUACCGCAGACACAGACUCGGAUAUUUCCCCGGCGUCCACCCCUCAAAAGAGGUCAAAGUUUAGCCGGCAGAGCUCCAAGUUGCGGUCUGAACUCUCUCUUACUGAGGUUGCUGUUUCAAUUGAGUCGGGGCCCGGCUCGAAUCCGAGCACCAACCUUCCGGUCGAAAUCCCCCCGGGGCCCAAUGAUACAACACCUGGUGUGACGGUCAAUUCUACAGUCGACGAGGAGAGUGACUUGGUUGGGGAUCUCCAUGCUCUAGCUUCUCCUGGUAGGGAUAGCGAAUCUCUCAUUUCCCUUACCGCGGACGAAUCUCAACGUUCAUCAACAUCCAGCGCAGUGACCUCGGUGUCUGAUGCGGGGGUCGACGUCAAGGUUGAAGAUACCAUCGAAACCAUCACACAAGAAUGCACGCCCGCAGCCUCCACUCCCCAGCUGUCAGAGGGUGAACAACGCAUGGAAAGCUGCGACGCUGGUACUCCAGUCUCUCUCCAGCUCGAAGACAAACUUGAGGCUGUUGAAGAAGGGAAGAGGUCGAGGAAUUCCCCAAGAAAACAACGAGUCUCUCUAUCGGUAGAGCCUGAAUCGCAACUUACCCGCGUCCCCGGAGACUACACCAAGACUCCCAGGCUUCUGGCGCAAUCAUACGACCGAUGGGUAGACUGCCACACUUGCAACGCAUGGUUCGUGCAACAGAACUCGUACCUCACUCGAAGGGAAUGUCCUCGCUGUGAGCGCCAUUCGAUGCUGUACGGGUUUCGCUGGCCCAAGACCGACAAAGAAGGUGCAAGCGACGACGAAGAACGCGUGAUGGACCAUCGUACUAUCCACCGAUUCCUGUACCCGGAAGAAGAGGCUCUCGUCUCCCGCAAGGAUCGUGGAGUCAGCUUCGGCAUCACCCCUACUCCGGAAUUAUCCGAUGCACGCACCGAAACAGAAGGUAGCGAGGCAGGCGACGAUCGACGCAACACCCGAGCCAGUAGAACGCGCACUCGAUCUCUCAGAAUGACCAUGUAACCGCACGACAGACAUGUUUCGACAGACUGGGAUCUCAAUACCGUUUUAGAUGUGGAGUUUUCGAGCGAUAUUCAGGUGGUCAAAUUAUUCCCCGUUGUAACUGGUGUUCAUCAUGGUUGGGAGUUGGAUGAUUCGAUUAAGAGCAUGGAUAUGGAGUUUAUUCAUUUGGGUCGAAUUUUCCUAAUAUGUUUUUUUUUUUUUUUUAUUAUCUCUGUCCCCCGGGGAUAUUUUAUUUUACCUCUUUCUUCUUCUUCUUCUUCUUCUUUUUCUUUUUCUACUGGGAUACAU